AUGGCUGUUAAAAAUAAUUCCCAGAUUCACUGGGAGAAAUUUAAAGAAAUACGUAACAAAGUCAAUUCAGAACUAACUAAAGCUAAAACAGCAUUUUUCUGUAACAAAUUUGAGAACUGCGCACAAUCGAAAGAUAUGAAACAUAGUUGGAAGCUAAUUAAUAUUCUCUUAGGUAAAAACAAAAAAUCAAAUAAUAUCUCUCAACUUAAAUGUGACGAUGUUGUGAUUUCAGAUGAUACUUUGAAAGCUGAGGCGUUUAAUGACUUCUUUGUUAACAUCGGGGUAAAUUUGGCUAAUGAAAUUGAGAACGAUUCUCCAUGUACGAACUUUUCAGAUGAUGAAAAUUACCACUCUAACUAUUACUCUAAUAUAAAUUUUAAAUUUUCUGAAAUUAGUAUGGAUGAUAUUAUUUGUCAAUUACGUAAUCUUAAAAUUUCAAAGUCUACCGGUAUUGAUAACAUCCCUGCUAUAGCUCUUAAAUUGUCCGCGGAA